AAGAUAAGCAGGCUACUGACACCAACUUUCUGUCCAGAUGAAUCAUCGAAGUUCCUCCACUUCCAUUUGAAGAAUGUUGCAUAGUUUGUGAUGACUUUAAACGGUCUUCACCUCGAAACCUGUGCUCGACCAUGGCUGUGUUUGUUCAGAACUGGUGGCCCAUGCUGGGCUCGGGAUGUUGGGGCAGCUCUACGCUUCACUCCUGUGCUUUGUCCCAGCCACUACCAUCUCUGGGUUCUUUGAGUGCAGGUCUACACAUUUUUCUGGCUGGAGGAGGAAUGUGAUAUUGUUUGUGCCCUUUCAUAAUAUGUAGUUGGACAAUGUAUGCAGGCUAGUUGUUGUGAUGGAUGAUGGAUAAGGCUUGUUUUUAGUAUUAUUUUAAUUAUCACUGUAUAAUUAGUAUUGUUGUUAUUGUUGUUGUUCCUAGACUCGUGUCUGCUCUGAAAACUUGUGCAUCUGCAACUACAUGAUAAUGUUAAGAAAGACUUGUAGUUCAGUGUUACCAUUGAAACCAUGGCACUAAAAUUAAGUAAUGUUACGCUAGCUAGCUGACUCCUUCAGUUCAUUAAAGUUAACACAGUGAAUGAUGACCGUCAGUGUAGGAAAUGAUAACUAUAUUUACAGUAGGCUACGCAUGACAGUUCGUUUCGGAGAGCGGAACUGAGAACCACAGCAGGAUAUGUUCACUAUAAAAUGCGUGGAAGACGAGCUCAAGAGAUGACAACUGAGCAAGACGUUAAGAUUCUCACAGAUGAAGCUACGAAUGGCACUAUGAUUUUUGCACGUGGAGACUAAUGGACAGCUUUAGCAAGAAUCAUUUUUGAUUCUUUUGAAAAUGACUCCUAAUUUGUCAAAUAAUUUCACCAUUGUCAGUAAAGCCUGGACUGUGGUGGUUUUACUUUGCGCCGUUCAUUUCACCAUUACUUUGUUUUAUUACAUCUUACACCCUGAGGAGAGGGUAACUUUUUUGCCCAACCCACAGAUACCAUUGUCAAGAGCAAGGGGAGACGCUUUGGCUGUAAUUUUCAAUAUAAUGCAAGCAACAGUGAACGGAACUGAAAGCCCUGAAAUUAGAAACGAUGAACUGCAGACGUGUCUCGAAACAUCCCCUCUUUUGGUGGGCCCUUUUCAAGUCCAGUUCAGUAGCCAAGUGACUCUGGAAAUGGUGCGACAGGAGAAUCCUGAGCUUCAGGAAGGGGGCCGCUGGAAGCCCUCAGACUGUAUUGGCCUACAGAGAGUGGCCAUAAUCAUUCCCUUCAGACACAGAGAUGAACACUUGAAGUAUUGGCUCUUCUACCUCCACCCCCUUCUUCAGAGGCAGCAGCUAGACUAUGGCAUCUAUGUCAUCGAACAGGAUGGAGAGACCACAUUUAACAGAGCCAAGCUGUUAAAUGUGGGGUUUGCCGAAGCUCUGAAAGAGUAUGACUAUGACUGCCUCGUCUUUAGCGAUGUGGACAUCAUCCCCAUGGAUGACCGAAAUAUCUACAAGUGCUACAGUCAACCCAGGCACAUCGCUGUCUCCAUGGACAAAUUUGGUUUCAGGCUACCAUAUUAUCAGUACUUUGGAGGUGUUUCAGCUCUUAGCAAAGAGCAGUACUUGAAAAUAAAUGGCCUUCCCAACAAUUACUGGGGCUGGGGUGGAGAGGACGAUGACAUUUUCAACAGGCUAUCCAUCAAGGGCCUGUCAAUCUCCAGACCCAAUGGAGUAACAGGGAGAUGCCGAAUGAUCCGCCACAGCAGAGAUGCACACAAUGAGCCUAACCCCAAAAGGUUUUAUAAUAUAGCACAUACAAGACAAACAAUGGAAAUUGAUGGCAUCAAUUCUUUGAAGUACCAAGUAAUUAGAAUUGUUAAGGAUCAGCUGUUCACUAAAAUCGUUGUGGACAUUGGGAGACAAUGAGGAAGAAAGUACAGAGCUACAAAAAAACCUCGACUUCCACAUUUUCUCAGGGUCUUUAUACAGCUGAUGGAGAGUUGUUUCCAUGGCUGCUAUACAUCGGAGCAGAAUGGAUUCUUGGGCCUUACAUUUUUGUGGCCAGUCGGGUUUGGGAAGAGUAUCAGGAGGAUAGUCAUAACCUGACUCAAAACUGCUGAACAAGCCUUGAGAAUGUAACUUGCAACUACUCAGAUACUGUUGCAAUUUGUGACAUAUGUACAGACUUAAAUGUGAUUAUGAAUUUCUGUGAAUUUGCAGUCCACUGUCUUUGUCUCUGAUGUUGACAUUGCAAAUGAAGCUGUAAAACUGUUGAAAAAUAAUACUUUUGACAUGCAGCAAAACCAAGUAAAUUAAAAAGACAGAAGAAAAUG